UACAGCUCUGUUCAAAUACCAAAAGACAUUUCUUACUUUAGAAGAGAAAGGGAACUGGCUCUAAAGAAAACCUUACAGGUGGCAGAGUCAAAGCCCCUUGUUGUUCAAGCAGAUGUCAUGCAGAGGGAGCUAGAGAGCUGUCUAAGAAGAGAGUACACCCCUGAAAAUUUACCUUUGCUUCUAUUGCAGUAUUAUACAGAGAGAAUUACCCAGCUGGCCCAGAGUAAAUAUUUACACAUGCUUAGAUGGAAGAGGUUUUGCCAGCACAGUAAGAUUAUGGAGCAACUUUAUCCUUUUUACAAGAAACAAGUUGCCUACAUUAUGGAGGAGUACAAUGAUGCCCUUCAGAGAGCUGAAAGAUUGUCUGUUGCCCGAGAAAAUUUCCUUACGGGAAAAAAUAAUCCUUCUAACUUAGUGACACAAGAAGACCUGACAAUUUAUACAAAGUGGUUUGUGUGUCACCUACAUUCACUCAGGACUAUUCACCACUACCUACAGUCCAUCCAGUAUUUGCCUAUCUCCAAAGUGUUGAAUAUAGCUGUCAAUGAAGGUCCUGAGGCUGAUCAGGAGAAUGAAAGGGUCUGGGUCAAUGACAUCGACCCUAACAUCCGGGGUUGUGCAUCUCCGGGCCCGGUGAAUACCAGCAUUUCAGGGCUGACAAGAAGAGAAGCUGCUUUUUUCCUGCCCCAACACGUGACUGAAAGAGAAGAACUGACACCUCAGCUGGGGGUUCUGCUCUCCCAUUUCAAUAUCCCCUAUGACUUGGAAGAGCUGAGGGAUGCUGCUCAGGAAAUCGAACUUCUUAAUUUGGUUUCCCAAAAAUUUCAAAGCAUCUUCAUGGAGCAACAGACAAUGCAAACAUUUCCAGAAUAUGAUGCUGAGAUAGAUAAAGUAGAGAACUUGGGUUUGGCAGGACCUAGUAUGACCUUGAAAAAAAGAGCUAACUGGAUUUCCUUUAUAAAGAUUAAGCCAAAAUGUGAUCCUUGGCAAAAGAAGAUUUUGACCAAACUGAAAGAACGGAAAAGAAUAGAUGUAUUGAUGCAACUCCAGGCAAAGUUUUUGAAAAUUUCCAGCCCUGAACGAGUAAUGCAAGUGCUCCAAGACCACGCUGCAAAGACCAUCAUGCUGGCUCCAUCUCAUCCAACUUUUGUGGCUUCCCAGGGUUUGCAUCAAUGCAACUAUGAUCAAAUCUGGGAGAAUAUUUAUAGCAACAUCAACCUCUACCAGAAUGAAAAUAUGAGGGAAGAUGACCAUUCAAUGGAACAAAAUGAAAAUGACCUAGCACAAAUAAGUCUGUGCCAACAUGCAGAUAAGCCUGUCAAGCAGAAAAAAGAGAAAGGGUACAGCUAUGCAAUGGCCCUCCAACUGUUGGGUUUGGAUGAUGGGACUGGACCCAGUGAUAGGGGUCCUGUCCUGAUGAGAGGGACCUACCUAUCCUUUCUGUAUCUGCGCCACCUGCGAAUCAGGGAGCUGCAGCGAAUCUGUUUAGGAAUUCUGAACUAUUUCAGAUCCGUUGAGCGAACACUGACAAUCAAUACUUCAGGCCUUACAAUGGUUGCAGGGAGUCUGGUCUCCACCAUCGAAGAUAGUUCCUGGGUAAAUAUGGCUAAAGGAGGCUUGGGCACCUUGCAAGGCCUAGGAACUCACCACUAUGUCCAUGGAACAUCUGCCGAGCACAAGGUCCACAGUGUCCAAUUCAUGGAAUUCUCAGAAGUGGAGAACCAGGAUGACUACUACAGCAUGGGAGCUGGUUACAUCUACACGCAGGACCAGCAAGGAGUACACAUCAUGUAUGAUGAAGCCCUGGCUGAUCUGAAGGAGCUGGAGGCAGAACUACUGCUUGUGGCCAGCUAUUACAUUGAGAAAGAAAAAGGUCACAAAGAGGACACCAAGUCAAAUACUGGCCAGGACUGGGGAUGGGCCCACGCAAGUGUGGACAGAUUUGCUGUGCUGUAUGACGUGUGGACUUGGGAAGCAGCUCUGCUAGAAAACAAGCGCCAGCUUCUUGACAGUUACUUUGAAGCCUACCAGCACGUGUUGGACCCUGAGGAGAGAUUUGCUCUAGCACAAGUGAUCACUGACAUCAUGCACAGGCGCCCACGGUUUGAUCUCAGCCACCCUUAUUUCAUUAAGGCCUACCGAGAUGAAUGUACCUGCCUGAGGCUUCACUUGCAGCUCGUGAGGGACAUCCUCAAUCAGCACAUAGAGCGUCAGCGGGAGUAUGUCCAGAGGCUUUGGCAAGAAGGCCAUCCGAAUGAUAGCCGUCACUUUGGACUUCCCCUUAACAUCAUUUGCAAACAACUUAUUUCCAUCAACAAUAGCUGCCCAGCUUUGAAAAACAUUUAUCUGCUGGAGUUCCACCCUUCCCUGGGCCUGGCAUCACUCAUCGCCCGAUCCCUUGAUCACCUCCUCCGGGAGGCCCGCCACACGUGCAGACCCACAUCCGCCAGCAGCCUCACUUUGCUGGAGAGACAUGUGCUGCGGCUGGCCCUGGAUAUGUGGCUCACACCAGCCAAGCCUGAGUCCUGGUACAGCACACAGCUCCAGAAAGAUCUGUUUUCAGCUAAAGUAAUGGGAGAUCCCUUCCUCAUGGAGGAGAUAGGUCUACUUGCACUCAAGUCUGCAGCAGAUGAAGGACAGAACCAAAGCCAAGAUUCUCAUGUGCUGCUUCUGGAGACGUUUUCCAAACUUCUGGAGCUUGUGACCCUCCGCCACCGGCUGAUAGAAAUGAGUUUGGAGAGUGUACACUUAGCUCGGCUCUAUAAGGUACUGGCACGGGAGAUGGGUUUUGAAGAGUUCCAUUUGUAUCUGAGGCCUGUUCACUUUGAAUUUGCAUCACACAAGGACAAAAUAGACCAUCCACCCCCUGUCUUUAUCACCUCUCUGCUGGAGGACAGUGAUCGAGUGGACAGAUAUUCUCCUACUACUCUUGUCUUAGCCAUCUCUGAGGUGGAUGAUAACCAGGUUGGCAAGUUUAGCUUUUAUACAAAGGAAUCCAUUCUUAAGCUCUUAUUCCAUUCAGGAGUGGAAAAUAUGCAAGUGACCCUUGCAUGCCAAGCGGCUCAGAAAAAUGCUUUGAUGGUGGCUGUCCAACAGGCAUCCUUCUAUCACAUGCCCCAAUGGGCCUCUCCUGCUGAUGUGAAGGAAAUGAGUUCAUAUCUGAGAAAUGGUGGAAUGGGUCCAGCCAGAAGAAGAAAUUCCAAAAUUGUGAAUGGCGUAGAGAACUUACUGUUAGCCCCAACUUCAAAAGUUCCAGACAACCUUACUUAUCCUUCAGAAAAAUUCCAUGCUACCAAAAGGGCUCCGGAGGCUUUUGUGUCUAUUCAACUAGAAAAGGUGGGGCUGCGGGACAUGAUGCUGAACACCUUCCUCCUCAAGAAACAAACCAUGGACGACAGAAUGAAGAGCUUUGAUGAAAUUGGUAAAGUCAAGAGAGAUGUUAUAGUUGAAUAUUGUCAGAAGUUCAAUUGCCGUAUGUCUCACUACGCUCUUCGGGGUCAGAUUAUGGCAUAUUGUAAUAGCCUGAGAGCCCUGCUGGAAGAUUUCCCUACCAUCAGGGACACCUUUUUCAUGGUGGGGCAACCACGAGAAAAGAAAGGGUUGAGAGAUUCCAAGGAGGGCCUCAAGGCUGACCCCAGGAGGUUUCAGCCCCGGCCACGGUGUCUGCUGUCUGCCGACGGGAAAGUCUUCCUCAAUUUAUGGUUCAUUCCCCAUCCUUCUGAAGUGCUGGUUAUGUUCAAAACUCUGCCAGAAAAGGCAGCUUUUCAAGCCUUACAGCUAACUCUACAGCUGAUGGCUCCUCUCCAUGACAUUGUGGCCUACCUUUUCAGUUUUGCUAAACUUGGAAAUUGUGCAACAUGUUUUGAAUUUCCUCUAAGUGCUCACCUCCUGAAAGGUGACUGGGGAGGAAUUGAAGGCAUUGGAUCUGAGCUUCAAGAGCUACAGAAAAUGAUUGACAGCCUCCAGAGCCCCCAAGACCCUACCGAGGUGUCCCAGGCACUCCUCCUUCGUAGGGAGGUUAUAUUUUUGCAGUUUGACGCUGCAGUGAGGCACCUUAUCCGAAGAACAUUUUUGGCAGCUGGAAAUGCUUCUGCCUACCAGUCUGUCACAGAUGGCAUGUAUCACGGAUUGCCACCUCUGAGCAAUUCUCUCGUGAAGAGCAUUUUUGCUUCACAGCUCAGCCUGCCCCAGCCACUAGAUCCACAGAGCCUCCAGGCAUCUAUGCUAUUCCCUUGGAGAGCAUUUCUGGAAGAUGGAGGACUGUUUCCGGUUAUGAGUAACAGCCCAGAUACCCUAGAAUACAAUAUGCAGCUGUGCCUCUGUAGGCUGAGUGACCGUGACCUCAAGGUGGCUCAUGGAGAGCUGGUGGGCAUGCAACUGCUUUUGGAAGAUGUACUUCUGAGCAACUAUCAUAUGAUCUUGGAGGAUCCCUCCAGACAGCAAGCCACACUGGACAAAAACACUCAGCGAGAUUUGUCCAGAGUGCCAGAAUUCAGAAGUCAGUUCCAAAGCAGCCCCAAAGCCUCCAUGCUACUGAGGGACCCUUGCAAUGCAGUGACAUCCCUUGCCUUCCUGAGAUCAUUUCUGGUGUUGUGGAAGCAGCUGGAAGUGCUAAAGGAGCAGUGGGGCCGACUCAAACUGCAAGGCCAGGACAGCAAUUCUCUGUCCUUUCACAAACAGUUUUCAGAACUCUACGGAACUGACAUUCUCUACCCCAGCAUGAAGGCUAUCGCUAGGCGGAUGGGGAAAGAAGAUGAAUUUGAAGAUAUUAUAAUAAGUAGUCAGUCUUUUCUUCCCCCCAAAGGAGCUUCAGAAAUUGAAAUAAAAACUCAGCAGCUUCAGAAACUUCUGGAAAAUCUUGAAAUUCACAUGAUCCAAGAAGUAUUAAGAAAAGUUAACAGAGAGAUAGCACUGGUUGUAUCAGAAAAGUCUAAGGAGCGGUGUACUCUCCCUACAGACCUUUGGAAGCACCAUGUCAUGAAAGAAGACUUUUCAGUUAGCAGACCACAAAUAGUUGAGAAAUUUAUACAGAGAUUAAUGGAAAACUACCAGGAUGGUGGACUAGAGAUCACUUUCAGGAAAGAUCACCUUGAGGCCUGCCUCCUCUCCUUGGGUUGUGAUGUGAUGGCAAGAGAACGCAGCAACUUCGAGAGCUAUUCCAUGUGUUAUGAGCAUGUGUUGGAGCAUGCUAGGCAGAAGCUCUGCCAGAAAGAGCAAGAAUUAGAUAUCAUACGAAGAGGUUCAGAUCCACCUGAAGACGGUGCUGGUCAGGUUGCAGAGCUCAGUCAUAAUAUGAUCAUGGAAAUCACGGCUCUGAGAGCUCGACUCACAGAUUUGGAAGAGGAGAAUCUGAAUCUCAAACAUCAGAUUAGAAAAGAAGUCCAGGAAGAAUAUGAAGCAUUAGUCCAAGCUUUGUUUGUGACAUGUCUACACAUAAAAGAAAAGUUGGAUGAGAAUCAGAUUAAUUUAAUCCAGAAAGUAUAUGAGCUCAUCGGCGAAGUAAGAACAGAAGGGAUUGACAAUCUGAGGAGCCUCAAGAAAAAAUGGGGCUCUGCUCGACCUGAUGAAGGAACAAAAGAAAACCCAGCCAAAGAGCAGCUGCAGGCCUUGGAGCAGGACAACAGCAGCCUGGCUGUGCUGGCGUGCAAAGCGAGGAGCCUGGGCCGCUGGAGGCUGGCGGCGCAGCAGGCUCGCUUCCAGGGCCAGCUGAGCAGGGCAGAGAAGGAAGCGAUGCAAAGGAAGAAAGAGUGUUUGAGCAUCAAGCUAAUGGCAGAACAAGAAGCGGUUUUAUUUCGUCAACAGUUACUGGCUCUGAGGCAGGCCUUGGCCAGGGCUCAGGCCGACAACGUGAGGAUGCGCAAGCAGCAGGAUAACCAGGCACAACUGCUGAGAGAGCUGCAACACAGAGUGGCCCAGGAAGCUCACCACCGGCAACAGAUGGAUCUAAUGAAAACCUCCAGCAUGGAGAAGCUCUUGGAAGAUGUGGAGCAAAAGAAACAGCACCUGCAGCUCCUUACUGAAGCAGCUGAGAGGGCUUCCAAACUGGGCCAGCUUCAGCAGAAGAGAAUUCAGAGAGAACUCCGACAGACGAGAAGCCGGCUGGCCCAGGAGCGCAGUGUGAAGCUGGAUGCCUUCCAGCGCCUAGAAGAGCUCCAAAGUCAGCUUAAUGACGCUGAGCGAUGGUCCGUCCAGAUGAGCUCACCAGGCGGCCUUACACCUCGGGCUCAGUACUCCCUACGUUCUGCUCCCACGUCAUCCAGAUACUCCCAGCAACACCUUUUAAAGACUAAUCUUAUGAGCAGUAAAAUACCAAGAAGGAUUCAAAGGCCAGACACCGUACCUAUCAAGCACCAAAAAAGGACGGACAGCAUCUUUCUACCUAAUGUAGCAGAAAAUGUUCAACGUUCAGCUUUUCAAGUCCACACAGCUCCAUCCAUAAUCCCACAAGGACCUGACUGGUAAUCAUAUGUCCUUUCCACAUUUUAUUUCUUUGAGCAUUUGAAUGAAUAAAAAUGAUUCUAACCUCCA